AAAUUAUGUCAUAUAAUUAUUUCAAAAUUCCAUAUGCGUCAAAUUAUUAAGAAGCUGUAGCGUUCAAUUGACGGUGGCUCCUGGCAGCAUAUGCAUAAACUACCUGUACGUGGAAGCUCCCCUCCGCCGCCCCAACACCUCAUCGCCACCACGUUCCGGCCAUGCAAAACCCUCAAAUCCUCUAUAAAUACCUUUCCCUCCACUCCCACUUAAUCCACCACCACACGCAACAAGUAUAUAUCUCCUUACACACACAUACACACACACACAUAUAUAUAUAUAUAUAUCCACAACCAAACAAUGGCCAAGCUAGCAGUUCUGAUCCUCCUCAUCGCCACCGCGGCUGUCGCCUCGGCCUACACCUACAGGGGGGACGAGUGCGAGCGCGAGGUGGAGCAGCAUAUGCCGAUGUCGAGCUGUAUGAGGUGGGCAGAGAGCAAGAUGAGGCGUGGGCCCUAUGCUGACGCGUACGACCGCCGCCGCGGUGGGGAGGAGGAGCAUUUGGAGGAGUGUUGCUCGGAGCUGAGGCGGGUGAGCUCGCAGUGCAGGUGCGGGGCGGUGAAGGAGAUGAUGAUGGAGAUGCCGCAGCAGGUGGAGAUGCAGAGGAUGAUGUGCUCUCUCCCCACCAUGUGCCGGAUGAGCCCCUGCGCCUGCCCCCGCUUCUUCGAAUGAACUCUCUCUCUCGA